CCUCUACUCCGCCGCCAACAGCCUAACGCUCUGCAUGCCACUCUGCAGCUCCUAAUAUAGACCCAACUGGUUUGAAGGAGAGGGUAACAAACCAAACAGUCCCUGUCAUUCGAGACCUUUUUGUUCAUGGACAAGCAGGAUAAUGGAGCCUCUUUCACAGGUGUCGUGUUCACCAGAGGAGCCGAAGGUGAAGAAACAAGGUUUGUUUACAAGGGCCACUCUGUUGCAGUUGUGCACAUGCAGGCAUUUGUACAUUUCUUGGUAUGUGUUAGUGCAUCACAUAUUGUAUGCAUGCGUCUGUCUCCACGCUGAUGAACCGCUGUGGGUUCUCCCAGAGGCUGAUACCACGGUCUACCUCAACUUCAUGAAAAGUCACACUUGCUACGACGCCAUUCCAAUCAGCUGCAAACUGGUUAUAUUUGAUACAACAUUACAGGUAUUCCAGCCCAGGGAGGUCGGACCACAUUCCUCUUUCCUGUUCUUGCAGCCGAAGCAGCACAUUAAGAUCAAGAUCAGAGGAAUAAAAGUGAAAAAGGCCUUUUUUGCCCUGGUGGCAAAUGGCUUGAGGGCUGCCCCUCUCUGGGACAGCAAGCUGCAGAGGUUUGUGGGUAUGCUGACUAUUACUGAUUUCAUCAACAUACUCCAUUGUUAUUACAAGUCACCAAUGGUCCAAAUGUAUGGACUGGAGAGCCAUAAGAUUGAAACAUGGAGAGGUGAUUCCCUUCAAAAUGUGUACUUAAAGUCUCCAACUCAGUUCCUUAUCAGUAUUUCUCCGCAGGCCAGCCUCUUCGAUGCCAUCUAUUCCUUACUCAGAUACAAGAUCCACAGGCUGCCUGUCAUCGACCCGGAGUCGGGAAACGUUCUGCACAUCCUGACCCACAAGCGAAUCCUCAAGUUCCUGCACAUAUUUGGAAAAAAUUUGCCCAAGCCUGCAUUUCUAAAGAGGCCUGUCCAGGAGCUGGGCAUAGGGACGUUCAGGAACAUUGCUACAGUCCACCAAACAUCAUCGCUUUAUGAAGCCCUGUCCAUAUUUGUGGAGCGGCGAGUGUCGGCACUCCCUGUGGUGGAUGGGCAAAGCAAAGUGGUGGCGCUCUACUCAAGAUUUGAUGUCAUCAAUCUGGCAGCCCAGAAGACCUAUAACAACCUGGACAUGACGAUGGAGGAAGCCAUUCGAAGACGCACGUGUUGCGUUGAGGGUGUGAUGAAGUGCUAUCCAGAUGAAUCUUUAGAAACGGUCAUAGAUCGGAUAGUUAAAGCAGAGGUCCACCGGCUGGUUCUGGUGGACAGGUUGGACGUCGUGAAGGGCAUUAUCUCUCUGUCUGACCUCCUGCAGGCUUUGGUCCUUACACCUGCAGGGAUCGAUGCUCUUCUAUCCUAGGAGGAAAUAAAAGAAGUUCCUCUUUUCUGCCUUUGCAGGCUUGACGUCUGGCAAUGUGCAAAAGCAGAGAAUGACUGAAAGCAGAGAAGAUUACCAGGCGAUGCCGUUUACAGUAAGAUGAUGAGUGUCUCCAAUCCCAUCUCUCAUGAGGCUCCMCACRCUGACUCAGUUUGCAUAACGUGAUCAAUAAUUUUACUCACUGUAAUCCUGUGUUUGUAUUAAAUACAUGUGAACAGAUC